UAAAGCGAGUGUUAACGGUUCUUGAAGAGUCGUAUGGUUUAAUGGCUAAUAAACGGGCAAAACUUUAAAGUCCUGUAGAAAGUUCUAGAGGCUUUUGGAGAUUUUUGCAAACUUCAUUAACUCUACGGUUCUGACAGGUUCUCAAUAACUCGGAUAUGGAGAGUGCGGCCAAAGGAUUUUAACACUUCUUGGAAUGUUUUUGGUUCACGUGUCAAAGUGCAAACAUAAGCGAGGUAAGUGUUACAAACUGUAGAAGUAGUUUACAACGAGGUAAGGGUUAGAGAAUGUGGUCACAAAACUGCUUGUAAUUUCGUUGGAAAGUGCGUUAUAAAGUGUUUUUGUACACCGUGGCCCAAGUAAAGGUGUUUUUUCUGCUAUUAAACGACUACAACGUGUCACUCUCCUCCAGAAGAAACCUUAAAUGUAAUUUUACCACUGUAAUUUUACUAUGUGUUAUGGCCAUCUAGAGGGCGGUUGCAAACCAAAAUGCAAUGACAGCAAAAUUAUAAAACCCAACAUGACGUCUACUGUCAGCUUAAGAUUAGUAGGAUUAACCGUGGUAAUUCUUAAUAAACAAACCGGUGGCUCUGUGCACCUCGCCAGCAAGCACCAAGCUUUAUUCCCAAAACGGGGAAAUUUUUUAGUCUGUCCCAUAUCCCUGGAAGCACUAAUGGCUUUAGUGCGAAUAGGAGCGCAUGGAAAUACUGGUAAACAAAUCUCUCUCGGGCUAAAUCUUCCGAUUGACAAAGAUCGCAUUUUGGACGUUUAUUCCAUGCUAUACACCAACCAAACUCCAACCAAAACUGUCAGUCGUAAAAUGUAUAUCAACAACGAAUUUAAGAUAAGCGAUCAAUAUAAAAAUUUUGCAAUGGAUAACUUUCAAUCUGAAAUAGAGUAUUUAAAUUUUUUGGAUAAAUCUCCCGCUCUUCACAAGAUGAACGAAUGGAUUGAGAACAAGACCCUUCACCUAGUUGGAAACCCUGUAACGGAUGAGACUUUAGAAAGAGAAUCACAAAUUAUUCUUUUCAAUGUUGUAUACAUGCAUGGUUUAUGGACAACAGCCUUUACACAAAAUCUGACAAGAGUGGAGAAAUUUUUCGUUGACAAUAACCGAUUUGUUGAAAUUGAAAUGCUUGAAGUAAAUGGGCAUUUAAAUUACUUCGAGAACACUGAAUUAAAAGCACAGUUUCUGCAAGUCGUUUAUGGAGGCGGAACGACAUCUUUCACUAUUGUUUUACCUAACGCUGUGGAUGGUUUGUCAGCUCUUGAAAGCCACAUUAUUAAAGUGAUCAGGAAGCCUCAUUACAGGAAAGUAGCGGUGCAUGCACUUAUCCCCAAGAUGAAGUUACGAGCUGUAGUACCAUUUGUAAACAUUUUGCAAUCCUUAGGAAUCGUCCAUCCAUUUCAAGACAAUGCUGAUCUAAGCUCAAUAGGAUCAAAAACCGGUGAUAAUCUGAAAAUUGGGAACGUUUUGCAAGCAGUUUACGGUGGUGUUGAGGAAACAGGGUCCGAUAAAGAUAUAACCUUGGGUAUCGCAAGGAACUCACCUUUUGCGGAGUACGUCACGUUUCACGCUGACCACCCAUUUAUGUUUUACGUAACCGACGAAACGAACGGAGUCACCUUUAUGGGUAGAUUUACAGCACCAGAAGGAGAAAUAAAACUGAGAAUCAACGAUAAUAUGAAAGCAACUCGAAAUAUCACGAAAUGA